AUGACUUCUGCACUUCAGAAGCAGCUCGCGGCCAUCGCCGCUACGAGCACCCAGCAGCUGGAUUUGAAGGCGCAGAAGACUGCCCACGGGAAAUCGCUGCUGUACGAACCGAAAGUCGCCGCCUCUCAAAACUUCAACAGUAUCUACCAAGUAUGCCACGAAGGAUAUCGCGAGCUAUGUAUGCUCGACAGCCGAUUUGUCGCCUUUUCGCAGAACCUGUUCAGUGACCAAGGCAAAACCGAGGACCGGUCCCAAAUGACAGCGAAGGAGAAUGCGGAGCUUGACGUCGUUAUUGAAAGAUUUCUCACCCUGGUGGGCCCAAGGUUAGCUUUGAAGCCAGCACAAAAAGCCGUAGAAUGGCUUGUACGACGAUUCCGCAUCCACGAGUACAAUACGGACAUCGUCAUUCUCACGUUCCUCCCAUUCCACGCGAUACCCAUCUUCACUACGCUCCUCUCCAUACUCCCGGCCAAGACUUCCCCCACGUUCCGCUUCCUACAACCCUACGUGAGCUCUCUGGAAAACCCUCCACGAGCAACUAUUGUCUAUAAUGCGUCGACCAACCCUGGAGUUUUCUCUGCUUUGCAACAAUAUAUCUUGAAAAUCCUAGAGAAUGAACACCAGUCUGAUAUAUUCUUGAAGUUCUGGGCGGAGGUAACAGCACAAGCAAUCAAUACCAUGUUCAACACCGCUAGGUCCGGCAGGAAAUCUGUACAGCACCAACGAGAGGAAGAUCUGAUCAAUCGCAUCCUACCUACCCUCAGCAAAUGUCUGACAUUUGUGAACAUUCCUGAUGCAAUGCAUGGAUGCUACGCGAUCACUACAAUUCUGGUCAGCAAAGGGAACUUGGAAGAUAAAGUACUAAGCUCCCUCUUGGAUGCCAUAUCCGCAACCUGCAGACCCGAUACGACCGACGCCACUCUCCAAUGUUUGGCGGUAAUCGCAGAAGAGCGCCGAAGCGCAAAAUUUCCCCGCAACGUUGUGAGGCGAUUGCUAAAGCAUGAUGAUCUCGUAAAACGGAUUGUCGCUCUCGGUCGGGAAAUCCGUGUCGAGCGUUUGGCAUUGGGUUGCGCCCUUGGAGCUGUGGAUCGACUGAAACAUCUCCAUCAUAGCUGCGAAAUUCGAGUCGUUGAACAGAUACUCGUUUCAGACCUGCUAGAAGACUCUCAGGCAUUGCUUGUUAUCAAAUCUUUACUGCGGUUGACUAUGGAGAUCAACGAGUCUACAGAUGUCGCACUCCGAAUCAGAAGUCAGAUUGCGGACCUCAUUGUUCGUCUGGCAGACUCAGCGUCCCUGGAAAACAAGCUUCAGAGAGUAUUGAAGGAGAACAAUUUUGACAUCGAGACACUGGAGAUGAAACUCAAGACGGUUUUGAGGCCCCUCGAAAACGAGACUACACCCAAACCCAUCGAGGAGGACUCAGAGAUGCCCGAUCAAGAAGACAACAAUACUACACGGGCGGAUUUGGUACUAUCGAAUCUACCAGCACGUGUUCGAGGAGAUACUUUCCUCAUUGGCACGGAAACAAGCGUUCUAGAAACUCUCGCUCGUGGAUUCAUCCAAUCAUCCCCACAAGGCAAUAGCAUUGACGAAUUUCUGAACCUGCCAAUCUUGAAUCAAGAGGGAGCAUUUCAAAGCCCAGUGUUCUUGAGUUUUCUCAUCAGCAUGUGGUGUGGGCCUUAUCCAAUUCUUGCACGUAGCGCUGCUCUGCAGGCAGUGAGGAAACUUCUCGACCAGGCUACAGAACAGAUGGAUCUGCAAGCCUUGGUACCAUACAUCAUCUACGCCCUUGCGGAUCAAUCGAAACAAGUGCGUCAAAGUGCUGCGGACUGUGUCAUUCUCUUGGACCGCAAGGCAACCCUUUUGCACAAAAAAUCCAAAGUGAAUACAUGGGCUGGUUCCUCCCUUUAUGGUCCCAAAACAUCACAGGUUCAUUGGAUGCCAAUACAGCUAUAUUCGAAAUUUUUGGCAUCAGUCUUGAUGCCCACGCUGGAGGAAUGCAUUUUAGAUGCAAGCCACAUCACUCAAGUCAUUUUCUCUGCAUUGGACGGCCACUCACACUCAAAACUCCCGGCACAUAAAUCUGGGGUCGCAGAUUUGAAAACUUCUGACCGUGGCGGCGUUGUUUCAUUCCUGAGUAGCCACGCGGUUUUGACGGCACGGAUAUCCGUUCGACUAAAGCUUUUCUCUCUACUGAGUCGACUCAGAAAGGUUUGCGCCUCUGCUCGCAUCAACAUGCUGCUUCCUGCUGUUCGCGAGUGGUGCUCAUUAUCGAAAAAUUACCUGUUAAGUCUCCGUAAUCUCGAUGCUUUCGACACUGCCGACGCGGAUAGCCAGCAUAUAGCUGUAAUUUCUGCGCGAGAACAAGAAGGCGUUGAUCUCCUCCAGACCAUCAUCACGGACCACCUUAAUUUUCAUCGCCAGUCUGUACAAGAGGCCGCAUUCCAACGACUGCAAGCUAUCUGGCCUAAUUUGAAGUCUGAUUUGAAACCAUCACUUGCCACAACUCUCCUAGACUUAUCCUUAGAUGAAAACGAAUCUAAGCAAGAGGUUGUGUCUUUUCGUCAGGAAAGCUCCAAGGAGUUGCUAGGUGCAGUGAAGCUCUCGUCGAAUGUUCUAAGGACCCUUUUGGAGAAUGCUAUCAACGCUAUCAGCGCUAUUCAAUCGCCAGACAAACCUCCGUCUGCAAAGAGGAGGCGAACAAGUCGCUUGGAGUCUUCACGAGAAGACACGCCUGAUCCAAAAGAUAUUGGGAGAGCUUUGCGGAGGGUCACCUUUGUCUUGGAGCUAAUUGAAGCCUCUAAGCCCGAAGAACAUCCAGAGCUUUUGCGAGGCUUGUUUCACAUAUUAGGGGAGCUCCACCAGUUCCGAUCACAUUCGGGAUCAAACUUGGUCUACCUUCAAAGUCCGAUCAUUAGAUCUUUGUUGUCAAUUGUCGAACGCCUGAAGGAUGGACAAGAGCCCGCUGAGGAUCAUUCCGCUAUUCGGGCCGACCUACUUGUUGACUGCAUACGACACAGCAGUAGCCCAGAGGUUCAAAAUGCAGCCCUCCUAUUAAUCUCUAGCUUAGCCUCUUGGAAGCCGGUGGCACACCUUGUUCUGCACACUCUGAUGCCUAUAUUCACUUUCAUGGGAUCUACACUGCUGCGACAGAGCGACGACAACUCCGCUUAUGUUGUCAAUGAGACCAUCACACGCGUAGUCCCGCAACUAGCAGCAUCGUUAAGAGACCGAAACAAGAAUUUCAUUAUUGGAGUGGCAGAUCUGCUCUUGAGUUUUACCGCCGCGUUCGAACAUAUUCCCCUUCACCGAAGACCGGAGAUUUUCGAUCGACUUCUACAGACUCUUGGUGCAGAGGAAUCACUAUAUGCUGUAAUGGCUCUGCUGCUUGACAAGUAUCCGGCAAAAGCCGACUCGCGAUCAGCGAUAGAGUCGCGAUCGUUCGUCUCGCAUCUACUAAGAACGUUUGAGCCAGCAUUGGUGGUACAGUCAUCUACCAAAUACCUUGAGCUCAUUAUUGAUGCCCUCCAACCUAAACGCACGGUCUCUGAAGUGCUCCUGAGCUUGAACGAGAAAAGCCAAGCUGAGGUCAACGGUACCCUCCUGACUUUGUUGGAGUCGUUAGCGAGCAUUCUGGAAGACCCACUUUUGAUUGCAUAUGUCGGUCAAGUUUUGCGACCUGGCACUGAAAGUGCUGUCUUGCAAAAGACGUUUGCUCCAGCUAUUGAAAGAGCUACUCAACUUUCUCGACGCCUAAAGGGCGAGGAAGGACUCUACGCCGCCUGCAGCCGUGUCUUGUUUAGCAUUCUAGAGCUUCUACCUAUCACCAGCCUCAUCAAGACCGCAGAAGACUUGCUGGAGAAUUCUGACGACGAUAUUAGACUAACGACUCUGCAGGCAGUAGAAAUCAAGGUGCGAAGUAUCAAACAAGGUGACGAGCCCUCUGUAAAGGCUGCCUUAGCAUUCCUGUCUCGUGUCGGAACCAUUAUACAGCAUUCCCAGGACACUGUGCUAAAGCAAAGUGCUGUCGCUUGCAUUGAUCAAAUAUCAGAACGAUUCGGUAAGAGAGACAGUGCAGCUGUUGCGUCCUCAGCACAAAUGGUCGCCGGCGUCCAAUCACUUGGAAGCAAUGAUGAUCGGCUGCGGGAGAUAUCGGUCAUUUGUCUUGCCUCAGUUGUGGAUGUCAUAUCAGAGGAUUUCAUCCCUCUCCUACCGGCAGUCCUACCGCAAGCCUUCUCCUACCUGGAGCAGAGUAUGGAUGCGGACGGAAAGAAACCCCGUCUACAUAACGCGGUCUAUUCGCUUCUUUGUGCCAUCAUUGAGAAACUACCGUUUAUGUUCAUCGGGAGCUACCUGGACAAGUCGCUAGAGUUGUCGCACAAAUCUGCAGAAUGCGAUCUGGGUGAGAGCUGUGAUGAGAGCAGGGAUCACUUCUAUAGCUAUGUCGCAAAACAGGUUGAAGCUAAAGAGUGUUUUGAGGCUAUCAAUCGGACAUUUGCUGAUGCAGUGAAGCAUGGCUACGAGGCACUUCGCGAACAUCUUAAUGCCCUCCUAUUAGCUGUCAAGUCACGACCAAACUCUGCGAUCCUCAAGAACACACAGACCUUGUUCACCAUUUUCUUGACUGCGCUUGACACUCGGCGUACUUCGAAUAGCUCGCAGGUCGAAGAUGGUGAUGAUGACGCCGAUAUCGAGCACUUGGAUUCCAUCGUACAGGAUGCCGCUAUUGAAAUGACGACUAAGCUCAAUGACAUGACGUUCCGCCCGUUCUUUUCCCGGCUCGUGGAGUGGGCAUCCAAGGGGCUUCCGAAGAAAGAUACAAAGGGCAGAGCUCUUCGCUCGAUAUCUCUUUACUCUUUCCUCGAGAGGUUCUUCGACAAAUUUAAGUCCUACGUGAUCAGCUAUUCCAGCUAUAUCCUUGAGGAUGUUGCUGAUAUACUGCAAAACACCUCCACCCUCGACAGUCUGGAUGUAAAACUCGUCAAGGCGGUUUUAAAUGCUCUUACCAAGAGCUUCGAGCAUGAUCAAGAUGGGUUUUGGCAAGCACCGUCGCACUUCAGUGCCGUCUUGGGUCCUGUGCUGAAGCAACUCACUGUUGAAUCGGCCACUGUCGUGACAGAAGACGUGAUUCCAUCCAUCGUAGAGCUGGCAGUGUCGGCAGACUCCGCAGAUCAUCGCAAAGAGAUGAACGGCAUACUUCUUAAGCUGAUGCGCUCUGACAAGGCACACACCCGGCUGGCAGUUGUCAAGUGUGAGCAGGCUUUGACCAAGCGAUUAGGGGAGGAUUGGCUGGGAAUGAUAUCGGAAAUGCUGCCUUUCAUCAGCGAGUUGCAGGAAGAUGAUGACGAAGCGGUGGAAAGCGAAACGCUUCGGUGGAUCAACAUGAUGGAAGAAACGCUCGGAGAGAGCCUCGAGCCUAUGCUCCAGUAGUUGUAGAUAAUGAACAUGAAAGACUGAAGCUUGAGCUUCCGUCGUCAAAAUAUGCU